GUGAAGGCCUUUAGCGCGGGAGAUGCCUCGUGUGGUCGGUCUAUCCUUGUUACUCGCUCGGGUCGCCCCGAAGAUUAAUCCUAACCUAACCUAUUUUAACCUACGUACAAAAUUGGAGUUAUAAACAUGUCAUCACAUCGCGAUAGUGAUAACAACAGUAUGAACAACUUGUUGGACGAGAAGAGCGUCGAUCUGGAAAAUUGUAGAAAAUUGGUCAAGUCGUACAUCGAUUUGCACCUGUACAGUGCCGCCUUGUUUUGGGCUGACAAAGUGGUAUCGUUGAGCAACGAGGAUCCAAAAGAUGUGUGCACUCUGGCGCAGUGCAUGUACCUCAUGAAACAGUAUCAUCGUGCUGCGCAUCUUAUAAAGAGAUACGGAUUGGAGAAGAGUGAUUUAAUGUGCCAUUACUUAACCGUGAGGUGUCUGCUGGAAGCGAAGGAGUACAGCGACGCGCUUAAAGUUAUCGACGAAUCUGAAUUAUACACCAACAUAACGCAAGGUGGUGUCAGCUUCGCCGAUCGUACGGACAUUUUCCAGGAUGCUCUCAAAAAUGUUCAGAGUUCAAUAGUAUAUGUGAAAGGCAGAGUGUACGAAGCUAUGGACAACAGAGUGGUGGCGACGGAGUGCUACAAGCAAGCCUUACAGUGCGAUGUUUACUCGUACGAGGCGUUCGAAGCCUUGGUGCAAAAUCAGAUGCUCUCAGCUUCCGAAGAACGGGAACUGUUGGAAUCCUUACCAUUCGCGGAACAGUGUACGAAGGGCGAAGCGGAACUCCUGCGACUGUUGUACGAUAGUAAACUGAAGAAAUAUCAAGAGCCGAACACAAAGCAGUCGUUAAUUACGUGCAACGUAAUGGGAGUUUCCGUCACACACAGAUUGUCGGACAAUUUGGACAUGGAGGUCGCGAAAGCCGAGAGAUUGUAUUACAAUUGUGACUAUCAUCAAUGUUUCUCGCUUACGGGAAAAAUCUUGAAAAAAGAUCCAUACCACAAUUCCUGUCUUCCGGUGCACAUUGCCUGUUUGGUUGAGCUUAAGAAGACUAACACUCUGUUUUAUCUGGCGCAUAAAUUGGUUGAUUUGUACCCGGAAAUGGCCUUGGCAUGGUUUGCAGUUGGAUGCUAUUAUUACACCAUAGGCAAAAGCGACCAAGCAAGGAGAUACCUGGCAAAGGCCACCGCACUGGACAGACUGUUUGGUCCUGCUUGGUUGGCAUACGGGCAUUCCUUCGCGGUUGAAAAUGAACACGAUCAGGCCAUGGCCGCUUAUUUUAAAGCGUCGCAACUGAUGAAGGGCUGCCAUCUUCCGCUUUUAUACAUCGGAUUAGAAUGCGGCUUGACGAACAAUCUAAAACUGGCGGACAAGUUCUUUCAACAAGCACAAGGAAUAGCGCCGAACGAUCCGUUCGUAAUACACGAAAUGGGCGUUAUAUGCUUUUACAAUUUAGAUUACAAAAAUGCAGAACGAUUAUUUAAGGAAGCUAUGAAAAGCAUUCAAGGCGACAUAAGGAACGUGAUUCUGCCCAGUAAGUGGGAGGCGCUACUGAAUAAUCUGGGCCACACUUGUAGAAAAAUGAAAAAGUACGACGAGGCGCUGGAAUAUCAUCAACAGGCGCUAGUCCUAGAUCCCCUGAACCCGUCGACUUACUCGUCGAUCGGAUUCAUUCACGCGCUAAUGGGCAAUAUCCAAGAGGCGGUGGAUGCUUUCCACAGAGCGCUCGGCCUUAGGAGAGACGAUACAUUUACCGCGACUAUGUUGGGUUACGUCAUGGAGCAGCUGAUUGAUGAGGCGCCCCCGUAUCCUGACGCGCCUACGGAGAUACCGAAAUACAAAUCCGAGGAGAACGAAAACAGACCGUAUUCAUCUGUCUUAUCUGAGGACAAUGAAGCUAAACUGUCCGUGGAAAACCCCAGUAAUGUGGGCAGCAGCAGCAGCACGAGUGGUCAAAAUAUCGAUAAAUUAAGAGUAAAUCUGUUCUCUGGAAGCUGGGGCGAGAAUUCCGGUAAAGGGGAAGCCAGCACGCCCGUUAAACUGGAGCAACAAACGUUGGUCGUUAAUUACUCGAACGGCGAUAGCUCCGAAGUUGAAAUGUUAGAUUCCUCGACCGCGCACAUAGAGUAUAAUUAAAUCCGCAAACUUCUUUUUGUCGCAAUAAAAAGUAAUAGUGAUUUUUUUUUUCAUAUUAAAUAGAACGGUAGAGCUUCAUUUAAGAUACAUUCAAUCUCAGAGACAUUCAGUGUAGCAGAAUGAUUGUAAAUAGCGUGUAUAUACUUUCCUUUUUAUAUAUACUCUAAUUUUGAUACGCCUUAUAAAGUCACGGAUUUCUCGCGACAAGAUACUACGUUGGUAUUGUAUCAGUCUAUAAUAAAUUUGUUAGCUUGAAAAAUAAAAAGUAUGUGAAGACGA